AUGUUGCCUCAAAACAAGGAGCAGGUGUUGCUACAGAACGCAGCACCCCCUGGACACACCCUGCAGAGCCCCUCACAGCGCUCAGACUCUCUUCCCACUAACCUAGGGCCUCCUCAGUCUCCCCAGCAAGCACACCCCCCUCCCCCACAAACGUGCUCCCCUCCCCCAAGGACUCACUCACCUGGCUCCCACUUCUACUCUUCUGACUCAAAUUCGGAGUUUGUCCUACAUCCCUACUCUUCCUCUCUCCCGAGUUCCCCCACUUUCUUUCAUCAGAAUUUCCCUUUUAUCCCCUUUUCACAUUCCCCGUCUCCCUCCCACCUGUUUUACUCCUCUCCUACUCACUCCUUCUCUCCCUGUCAGCCAGAGAAAUCCCUCCCAAACUCAUGCUGCCAGUCUCCCUCCCACCUGGAAGACCCACCUAGGCCCACUCCCAUGUCUCCGAGCCCCAGCCCACUUUCUUGUGGGAGUCAGCCCAACACCCAGUCAUGGCACUGGCAUCAGUACGGGGACACCAGGUCCCCUGGUGCGGUGGGGGAAUGCGUGGCAAGCGAGAGGGACCCUGCAGAGUUCAGGGACCCAGGAGCCCUCGCCCAGGCCCUGGUGGCCCACCUGGGGCACCGCCGCAUUGCUCAGGACCUGCGCCUACUGCUUUUGCAACGCCUGUGGCUAGGCGAAACCGGCGAGGUGCCGCCAGUUGUGGAGUACCCCGUGUGCUUGGUGUGCCUCCGCGCCCGCACUCCCUCUUGCCCUGCCCCCAAGUACAAAACUGGCCCCCGGCUGCUUGCCUUCCCCCAACUACUGCCCUAUACACAGGACCAGGAAUCCGGACCACUCCGAAUAGGCAUCGGCUUUGGCCUUCGCCUGCCUCAGGGCCAGGCCAGGGCCUUGCAUCUGUUGCCCGAAAGAAGGCGGAAGGAAGCAGAGCCCCAGGGAGAGGCCGCCCAGGCCAGUGGGUAUCACCCACCGGCAUCCCGGUCUCCUGCAGCUCCAACCCCUGUGGCUCAGGGCCUGGCAAAUUCAGCUUCAGGCGCACCCUCCCAGACAGGGAGCCUCAGACCUGCAAGCCUUCAAUCACCAAACUCCACCCAAUGUUCAGGGCUUCUGCCUCAGGCACCAAAACAGGCCACUACCUCCCUGGAGCCGGGGCCUUCCUCUGCCCCAAAGAGGCCUGCCUCUCUAGAACCCAUUCUCCUAAAGUCAUCACCCUAA